AUGGCACAACAACAUCGAGAGAAUAUUUUGUAAGUUUGAUUUAAACUGAAAAUUAAUAUAAUAUCGAGAGUUUUGUUUAUGUAAUUCAUUUCUAUAUUUUCAGGAGAAAUCAAUUCAUUUCCGAUCUCGAGAAUGCCGAACUCAAUCGCCAGCUUUGCGCCGUUGCUACUGAUGAAAUGUUCGAGUCCUGGUCGCCAGAGACGCAAGAGCAAGUUCUAUCUGAAUGGAAUGACUGGCAAGAAGAAUCGGAGAAGUCUGGGUUAUGUUGUAAUGAUUGUGGUCGCGUAUUUACGCGUUCGGACAACCUCAACCGGCAUAUGAAAACUCACAGUGACAAAGAUCAUGAGUGCUCGCGUUGUCAUAAAACGUUUAAUCGGAAGGUACGUAAUUUACAGGGAUAUAUCUCAAAACUUAGAAAAGUAUUUUGAGUUAAUAAUGUCUAUUUAUAUUAUUUCAAGGAUGCUUUGAACCGACAUAUGAAAACUCACAGUCACAAAGACCACGAGUGUUCGCGUUGCCACAAAAAGUUUAAUCGAAAGGUACGUAAUUUACAGGGAUAUAUUUCAAAUCGUAGUAAGGUAUUUCGAGUUAAUAAUAUCUAUUUAUAUUAAUUCAAGGAUGACUUGAACCGACAUAUGAAAACUCACAGUGACAAAGACCAUAAGUGUUCGCGUUGCCAUAAAACGUUUAAUCGAAAGGUACGUAAUUUACAGGGAUAUAUUUCGGAACAUAGUAAAGUAUUUUAAGCUAAUAAUAUCUACUUAUAUUAUUUCAAGGAUGAUUUGAGCCGCCACAUGAAAAUGCACGAACGAAGAGGCGCCGAAAGGGAGUAUACUUGUAAUGAUUGUGGUGAGGUGUUUCGAAAUAUAUUCCCCUUACAAGCCCAUCAGCGGGAUGUUCAUCAGGUUGGUGGUGGGAAACGUACCAAGACGUCGACCGGGCGAACAAAAAGGCAAAGAACUGAUGAAUCAGGUAUGUAUAAAUGAAAAUAUUUCGAUUACUAAUUUUGUAUUUAUACAGAUAUUUUUUCUCUUUUAAGAACCGCCAACAUCUUCGACAUCGGUGAACGAAGGUAAGAGAGUAUAUUCUGUGUAAUUAAUAAUUUGAGUUAAAAUCAUACUAAUACAUUUUUCUCCUUUUCAGGGGCAUCUACGUCUACAGUCGUCAACGAAGGUAUGAAAUUCAAUUUUUUUAUACCGUAUAUAGUAUAUUGAUUGUGGUGAUUUGAUGUGUAUAUUGACAAUGUUAAUUACUCGGUUUUAAAACAUUGCCUGAAAUCCUAACGUUUACAUUUGAAAAAUAUUUUCAUGCUGUUUUCAUGUUGUUUCACUGUUUGUGUUUUGAAAACCUGAUAAAAAUAUUCGAGUAACUUUUAAGCGUGGGUUUAUAGUGUGGAGUGUUCCUAAUUAUUCGUGUUAGACUUAUGUUCAUUUGCUUUAGAACUAUUAAUUUAUGUCAUUGUACGAGUAUUUAUCAUUUAGUAACAUUCGCUAGCGUUUUAUAGUGAGGUAAAAAUAAUUUUUGUUGCGUGGGUUUAUCAUGUUGCUAUGUGAAAUUUGCAUGUUACUAAUUUAUUCAUGUUAGACUUAUGUCGAUUUUUUAUGAAUCGGGUGUUUGUAUGACAAAAUUAGUGCGAAGCUCUAGACAAAAAUAAAGAAUCGGGUGUUAUUUCUAUAGGACCCCAACCGUUCCCUCAAGACCCCCUAUUACCCCCAUCUAACCUGCCUUCCCAACUUCACCGAGAUCAUUGGCGUGCUAUACGUACGCGACAAAGCCGAGGCAACCGAGUGCAAGAUUGGUACAACUAUCGUCUAAGCUCAGCGAAUAUGGGUCAACUUGUCAACGAUAUAGACCGUAUAUUUGAAGAUCAAACCACGGUCUUUAAGUUAAACCUCUCCUUUGGUUUCGUAUUGUUUAACAACGAGACGCAACAAAUGCAAUAUCACCACCCCUCAGCAAAUAACAACCGUGUUUUCGACUCCCCAUUCCAAAUCCAUAACCAUGAGGAUUUGGUCCAAGUGCGUAGAGCGUUGGAAAACAUCGACAUUCAUGAAUGGGCUCGACAACAGCGUCCCAACUCCAAAUGGAUUGUCAUGGAUUUCACCAACGUUACCUUCUACGUCACCAAACUUCGAGACCAUCCCAUAGGCCGCAGUGUCCGACUACCCAAAUACAUACUGGAUAAUCCUGCCAUUGUGUCGUUGGAUUGUGAUGAUAACACAGGCUUGCCAUACGAAGACAAACUAUGCUUCUUUCGUUGUUUGGCCCUACACCGUGGAUGUCAUUCCAAAAAUUUAGAACGUGAUACUCAGCAUUUUUAUGAACAAUAUGACGAUAGUGACGACUUUGACGGUGUAACGUUGGAAGAAUUGCCCGAACUAGAAAAGUUAUUCGAGUUGAACAUUUUUGUAUAUCGGCUCGUGGAAUGUUAUGAUGAGGACAACGACACGACCUCCAUUGUGGCUCAACUGAUUCAACGAUCUCACCGUAGAUAUGCCAAUUCGAUGUACCUCAACCUAUAUGGUAGCCAUUUCAGCUACAUUAAGAAUUUGGCCAUGUAUUCCAAGUCCUACUGUUGUUGCAAAUGUGACAAAAUGUGGAAAACGGCCAAAGCCUUGAACAAGCACGAGCGAACCUGUGAUGGAAGUAUACGUCAUAUCUUCCCUGGUGGUGCCUACAAAGUUCCACAAUCUAUCUUCGACUUGUUGGCCGAUGAAGGAAUCGAAAUCCCUGAAGACCUCAAGUACUUCCCUUAUCGCGUCACCUUCGACUUUGAAUGUUAUUUUAAACAUACAUCUAACCGUUCAAGAAACACCGAAAAACUCACGUGGCAAGCCGAACAUAUUCCGUUGAGUGUCUCUGUAUGUUCGAACGUCCCUGGCUACACCGAACCCAAGUGCUUUGUUUCCUCUGGUGACACGAGUAAAAUGAUCCAAGAAUUCGUGGAAUAUUUGGUAAAAAUUAGUCAAGAAAGUUAUGUCUUGUUGUUGGAUCUGUUUGCGGAUGUGUUUCGUCAAAUUGAGGAACGAGUUAAUCAGGUAUAAUUCACACGUAUUAGAUUGUUAGUAUAUUUCUUAUCCUUAAUAUUUUUCUUAUAUCUUUAGGUGGGGGAAAACGCUGAGAUUAUGGAAGUUGCCGCGGGGGAGGAUAAUGAGGUAAAUUAUAGGAAGGUUAUUUUUGCACUUAUAUUCUUUAUAUUCUAAUAUAUCUUAUGUUUUAGCAAAAUACAGAGGAACAGAUGAUAGAGGAAAUGGUGGGAUGUCUGAUGGGGCUGAAUAGUGAGGUAAACUAUAUAUUUGGUCUAUUAGAUGUUUAUAAUAUUUGUACUUAUUAUGCUGUAUAUUUUCAGGAGAGGGAAGUAAGUGAUGGCGAAGUGGUUGGGGACGAAGUGAAUGAGGUAUGAUUUUACCAGACUUUAUUUUUAAUUUUUUUUUAUUUUACUUAUUAACCUUCCGUAUGUUGUAGGAGUCCGAAGCAGAAAAAACGCACCCACUGGAAAAGUUGGUCGAGAAGUUGGAACUUUACUUGAUGGAACUUCCUGUGAUCGGCUUCAACUCGGGCAAGUACGAUAUAAAUGCUGCUAAGAACCCAUUCUUCUCUUACCUAGUGAAACACGAGCAAGUUAAGUUUGUGAUAAAGAGAAACAAUAACCACAUGUGUCUUAAGACGCAACACUUAAAGUUUCUCGAUAUCACAAACUACUUGGCCCCCGGUUUCAGUUACGAACAGUUCCUCAAGGCUUACGAGUGUUCCCAGACAAAAGGCUACUUCGCUUACGAGUGGGUUGAUUCCCUUGGAAAGUUGAACAACCCAACCCUACCACCACGCGAAACGUUCCAUUCCAAUCUGUCCGGAACCGAUAUCACCGAGGAACAGUACCAGUAUUGCGAGCGUGUAUGGAACGAACAGAAUAUGACAACUUUCCGUGACUUUCUCGUGUGGUACAAUAACUUAGAUGUCGUACCUUUCCUCGAGGCUGUCCAGAAAAUGAGUAAUUUUUGGCAAGAAAGAAACAUUGACAUGUUUAAGGAUGGAGUAAGUGUGCCUGGCUUAACUAUGAAAUACUUGUUUUCAAACAUUCCAGGCACCUACUUCUCCUACUUCUCCUACUUCUCCUUCUCCUAGCGACAAGGACAAGGAUAUGUACUAUACCAUGAAAGACAAUAAUGUAGGGGGCCCAAGUAUUAUCUUUAACAGGUACCAUGAGAAAGGGAAACAUCGAUGCGGAAGGAAGAAAUGCGAGCCAAAGAAAAUAAUCGAAACCCUGCAAAAAUGUGGUUGGAUACGAUGCCAAUGCACUGUACCUCUGGGCCAUCAUGCAGAAUAUGCCGACGGGGCAGUACACAAGACGGUUAGAGGAAGAUGGGUUCAAGAUAAGAUGGAGUGGAAAAAUGGCAAUAGAGUGGUUGGAGUGGGAAGCGUACCAGCGGAGAAUACAGAUCAGACACGAGUACAACAACACGGAGAACCCGUUGACGGUUUCCACGCUGAAUCAGAAACGGUGUUCCAGUUUCAUG